AUGAAUCGUGCCAAGGUACACGACCUUUUCUUGACGGCAAAAAGCAAAGUGUAUUAUUAAGAGAACUGUAUCUAGAGACAAUCUGGUGACAGAAAUCUCGAGACGAAGUUUAAACACGAAGAAGAAAAAGAACGAACAGAAAAGAACUGGGUAGCGGAGCGCGGAGAUGUUCGUGGCACGUCGCCAUGGGCUGAUGUUUUUGGCGAUAAGGGGAAACGUGAUAUAAUUAAUCGUUAAUUCGUAGUCAGAAACAAAAUAUUAUUGCGAAUUGCAAUAGAUUGCGAUCGCAUAAACCCUUACGCGGGCAUAAUCUAUUACCGGUCGACCAUAUCGAUGAUAGAUAUGCUUGUCCUCUGAUAACGGGAAAUUGUCGUUUUUGGACGUUACAAACUUGUCUUUUUAUAUUGUUAUGUUAUUUUUUUUUCCUAAACCUAAUUCAUUGUAUAUAAAAAAAAAUGAACUAUUUCAGGAUUUAAUUUAAAUUAGAACUUGUAAGAAUUGACAUGUUUUAUGCAUUGAAGAUACUAAUAUUUGAACAUUUAUGAAUAACGGAUCUUCAAAAUUAAUAAUUAUCUCUAGCGAGUUAAUAUUAAAAGUUGGAUCUAACCUUUCAGUUUGAUAAUUCUUUAUAAAAUCAUCAAUCAUCUCAUCAAUAAUGUGUGCUUAUCUAAAUCAUACUUUGCCUAAUCAGUAUCAAAAUGUGAGCUUAUUGACAAUUUAUUGAAAUUAUUAAAUAAAAUUAAUUGUUUAUUUAUGUAGGUUCUAUUUAUAAAUUCAACAAUACAAAUAUAACUGAAGAUUUUAAUUAUUAUGAAACAAAAUUUAGAGAUAUAUAUGACUGAAAUGUUCAAUACAAAUAUACUAAAUCCAUCUGUUAUAAAUUAAAUAUUAUAAAAAAAAAGUUAUAUAACUAUUAUAUAUAGUUUAUUUAAGGUUUCUUAUCAUUUACACUCUUAUCAGUUAGGUAUUACACAUUGUGAUCUUAAAAGAAAAAUUGUUACUUUAAUGUUUUCAUUUGACUUGCUUAAUGGAAAUAUAGAUUGCCCGGAGUUACUUUAAGGCUAGUCGCUGACGCAAUAAUUGCGCAACAGUUUAAUCGCAUGAGUGACUUCCACAGUGAUAUAUUGCAAUGCGCCCACAUACAACCGAUCAGUUGGACCAACUAAUUAGUUUGUGUUUUGUCAUAAAUCGUUUGAUCGAUUACAUGCAAUUGUUUUGUGUCAUUCAUGUUUCAAUGGGUCUCACCUCACUUGUUACCAAACAGUUGCGACGUUCACGUUUCCACUUCUAAAAAACUAACACUACAAACACGAAUGAAAGUGAAGUGCAGCAAGGUAAUUAUCAUGAAAUAUUUUACUAAUUACUAACUAAUCUAAUAUUAGAUAAUAAAAAACAAAAUGUAAAUUUUCUGUUUUGCACUAAAAUACUUAUUAAUAAUGCUAUCGAUAAUAAUCGAUAGUAUUUUGUCAUAAAUAUUAUAAAAAGUUAAUAUUACUAUCAAUAUAAAUAUAAAUAUUAUAUAAUAUACAAAUUUCUGUUCCAGAAUUUGUUAAUGAUGGUGAUUGGGUAGAAAGAUUUAUUCAAGCAGUUCAAAGUAGACUUCCAAUAUAUAACACUAAACUUCCAGAGCAUUUAGACCGGAACUUAAUUUUGCGUCUUUGGAGUGAAAUAUUCAAAACAAUGAUUCCUACGUGGCAAGAAAUGACUUCAAGUGAAAAAUCGUUAAAACAUUAUAAUGAAACAGAACAAAAUAACGAUUAA